AGCCCUGACAGAACCGAGGCCGGGAGCGCAAUCGCCGGGCCGCCCCUGCCCCGCGAAGGGCUUCUCCGAGGCCGACGGAGGAGGCACUGUUGAGCCCUCUGGACGUCGAUGCUCAGUCUGGGCGCCCCCGCCCCGGCGGUGUGUGGCGCCGCCCUGUUCGGUCCCGGCCGUCGGCGUCAGUAAGUGUCGGGUGAGGGGCCCCGCAGGCCCUGCCCGCCCCGCCAGGCAGCGCCGAGGCUCCCCGACCCUGCGUUAUGACGGCCGCAGAGCUUCCCUCCAGAGCAGUGUCUCCGCCGGAAGGGGCCGGAGCGGGAGGGAGCAGCGGAGCUGCCAGUGCGGCUUUGCUGCGGCUGUAGGACAUCAGGGCCCAGGGCCCCGGCCCGGCCCCGAAUAGCUCCCCAGAUUUCUUCAUGUCUGCGGCACAGUUACGCCCCACCCCUAACUCAGUAAAAUAGAAAGAGGGCGGGCGGUCGUCCCGGGAGCCGCCUGUUCCUCCCAGCCAUGAGUGCGGAGACCGCGGCCUCCAUACAGGAGGCCCCCGCGGGGUCCAGCUGUAACCUCGAUAACCUGCUGAGCAGCCGGAAGCUGAUGGCUGUGGGGGUCGUGCUCGGCUGGCUACUGGUCAUCCACUUUCUGGUCAACGUGUGGCUUCUGUGCCUUCUCUCUGCAUUGCUGGUGGUGCUGGGAGGAUGGCUGGGCUCAAACGCCAUCGAGGGGGCGUCCGGUCGACUGCACCUGGAACGAUUCAUUCCAGUGACCGUCUGCCCGCCAAACCCUGAGGCAGAGAGGCAGCUGGAACAGGAGAUCAACCGCACCAUCCACAUGAUUAUUCGGGACUUUGUGUCAUCCUGGUAUCGCUCAGUGAGCCAGGAGCCAGCCUUUGAGGAUGAAAUGGAGGCGGCUAUGAGAGGGUUGGUCCAGGAGCUCCGGAGGAGGAUGGGCAUGGGGAACAGACAUGCUCUUGCCCAGAGGGUUCUAACUCUCUGUGGUUGUCACCUGCAGAGCUAUAUUCAGGCAAAGGAGGCCACGGCAGGGAAGCUGAGUGGUACAGUUGAGCCCUCCCAGCUCUGGGACGCGUACUGCCAGUCUGCUGCCCCGCAUCCUGCUGUACAAAAUCCCAGUGCUGAGGUCAGCUACACUCGGGGCAUUGUGGAUUUGUUGCUCCAAGAACUAGUGCCAAAGCCCCACCUGGAGACCCGGACCGGUCGCCAUGUCGUGGUCGAACUCAUUACUUGCAAUGUAAUCUUACCGCUGAUCAGCAAGCUGUCAGAUCCAGACUGGAUCCACCUUGUACUCGUAGGCAUCUUUUCCAGGACCAGAAAUAAUCCAGCAGAAGUGGUUAAACCGCUCCGUCCAGCCAGUGCUCUGGAUCAGCCCUCAGUGCCCACAUCUCUGCCACUGAUUGUUGAGGUACAGAGCCUGCCAGAAGUAAAAGUCCCUUCUCCAGCAGCAGCCCCAGUGCUUCUAAACUGUAGUGAGCAAGAGGGGCCUUCACAGCCCUCCCCAGAAGUUGAAGAAGGCCAUGAAGCUAUAGAGGGAGAUUUUGGUGGCAUGCUGGAAGAAAGAAAAGUAGGAAACAACUCAUCUCAUUUCCUACAGCCCGAUAUUCGAGGCCCUCUAUUCUUAUGUGAAGAUGCAGAGCUGGAGUCUCCACUGUCUGAACUGGGCAAAGAAACCAUCAUGCUCAUGACCCCAGUCAAUUUCCUCUCUGACAGGAUCCAGGAUGCGCUGUGUGCCCUACAGAGUCCCCAGUCUCUGGAGCCUAAGGAUGGUGAGGAAGCUGAAGGAAUUGAAGGAGCAGAGGCUGAGGAGGGUCCAGGAAUAGAAACAGAGACAGGCCUGUUGGUGUCCAUGCUGAACUCCUGCCCAGAUAUCCAGAUUGACACAGCAGACAAGGAGGUAGAGCAAGGAGAUGUCACCUCUCUUAGAGCAUUGCUGUCAAGUCCGGAAAGCACCUUCCCUUCACGGCCCUCAUGCUUAGAGAAGGACCUGACCAAUGGCGUGAGCUCGCAAGAUCCUAGUCUGCCACAAGUUCUGCUUUCCUCUUCUUCAGCUGGUCCUCUCAGCUCAGCCACCUUCAGCUUCGAGCCCUUGAGUAGUCCAGAUGGCCCAGUUGUCAUCCAGAACCUUCGUAUCACUGGCACCAUUACUGCUCGAGAGCACAGUGGCACCGGAUUCCACCCAUACACGCUCUACACGGUGAAGUAUGAGACGGCCCUUGACGGUGGUGACAACAGCAGCAGCCUGCAGCAGGUGGCCUACCACACUGUGAAUCGCCGCUACCGUGAGUUCCUGAAUCUGCAGACGCGUCUGGAGGAGAAAUCAGAUCUACGAAAGUUCAUCAAAAAUGUAAAGGGGCCUAAAAAGCUCUUUCCAGAUCUUCCAUUUGGAAAUAUGGAUAAUGACAGAGUAGAAGCCCGUAAGAGCCUCCUGGAAUCAUUUCUAAAGCAACUGUGUGCCAUUCCUGAGAUUGCUAAUAGUGAGGAGGUGCAGGAGUUCCUUGCUCUGAACACAGAUGCUCGCAUCGCUUUUGUCAAGAAACCAUUCAUGGUCUCCAGAAUAGACAAGAUGGUGGUGAGUGCUAUCGUGGAUACUUUGAAGACAGCAUUUCCUCGCUCUGAACCCCAGAGCCCGACAGAGGAGCUAAGUGAGGCCGAGACAGAAAGCAAGCCCCAGACAGAAGGCAAGAAGGCUAGCAAGUCCAGACUGAGGUUCUCAUCUAGUAAAAUAGCUCCAGCACUGAAUAUAACUGAAGCACAUGAGAAGAUUUUCUACUGUCUUCAGGAAGGCAGUAUGGAGUCAGAGAUCCUAUCCAUGUCUGGGAUGGAAUCCUUUAUUGAAAAACAGACCAAGUUACUAGAAGUGCAGCUAGCAGAAGCUCCAGGGAAAGGUCACGACCAAACCUCUGAAGGCUGUGUGGAUGGUUCCUUGUCAGACGCAGCUGUGCCAGCCCAGGGCCUCGGUAGCAGUGGUCCAGUUACUUUUGAUACCUCCCAUUCUCCAGGAACAGAGACAGAGUUAGCCGACACAGCCCUGGAUCUGCUCCUCUUGCUGCUAAUGGAACAGUGGAAGUGGCUGUGCACAGAAAACAUACAGAAAGUUCUUCAUCUCAUCUUUGGGACCCUACUUCAGAGGUGGCUCGAAGUGCAAGUAGCAAAUCUAACAUGUCCACAGCGCUGGGUGCAAUACCUCCGACUUCUUCAGGAGUCCAUCUGGCCUGGUGGGGUUUUGCCAAAGUAUCCACGGCCCGUAAGGACCCAGGAGCAGAAGGUGGCUGCAGAGAAACAGGCUUUGCAGAGCCUGAUGGGAGUCCUGCCAGAUAUUGUAGUAGAAAUCCUUGGGGUGAACAAAUGCCGGCUGAGCUGGAGCCUAGUCUUGGAAUCACUACAGCAUCCCCUCAUCAACAAGCAUUUGAUUUACUGCCUUUGGGACAUCAUCCUGGAAUUCUUGGAUCUAAGUGCCUCUGAUGAGGAGCCCACCAUAACCACCUCUGCCUCAGAUACCCCGAGCAACCCCAAGAGGAUGGGUGUCUCCCCUUAGCCAGAGGUUAUCCGCCCAGUCCAGAGUAGAGACAGGAGAGCUAUUCUGCCACCCAGAGACCCGUCAGGAAGCCCUCUGGAACUGGGCACAGCUCGGAAGCCCGGGGUCUCAGUGACAUGAUUCUUCCCCCAGUCCUGUUUGUAGCAGGUGAUGGGGGAGUAUACAUACCAAUUGCAUGCAUAUCCAUUUCUGUACCUUUUCUGUGGUGUUUGGAUUAUUGCUGGUGGGUAGGUCCCAGCCUUUGGAAAAAAUCUGAGGGGUAUAGGAAUGAGCCCCUUUUACCUCUCCUUUUGUCUUUCUCCCUAAGAUUGCCAGUAGCUUGGCCUAAUCCACCAGUACACAAGCUCUAUGUAGACCAAGAAGAAAAUGAUAGCCAGAUUUCCUUGAAGGAGAAGCCAGAUAUUCUACACUCUGUUCCCACUAGGAGACUGGAAGGAAGUUCAUGCAGGACCCCUCUUGAAAGCCAGAUCCCUGUGUCCUAUCUAGUUCCCUAACAAUAAAGCAGAAGAGGGCGGGAAAACAUUUCUCAAAGGACUCCUUGCUUAAUAGCUAUUUUCCAAUAUAUCAGCCCUAUGGGGGAUGUCCUUGAAGGCUGCUUCCCUGGGUGGCUAUACUUUUCCUUUCCAGGAGACUUCAAAACAGACUCCUACAGCUUCUGAUAGAUCUACGCCACCCUCCACACCCUUUCCUGAAAGCAAGUUGCUCCACAGAUUUUAUUGAUUAGGUUUCCUGCUAACCUCCUCCCCAAGAGCAAUUGAAUUUUAGCCUUUGUGACCUUCUCUCUGUCUUCCUUCAAUAAAAUCUCAUGUCCAGUUG